GUGAACACCAUACGGGCACAGGUUGGAUAUCCUAUUAUCCAUUGGCAAAAAAUAUUGGCAUAAUCUGGUUGACGCAUAAUAUUAGAAAUAACCUUAAAUUAACUCCACAAUCAAUCAGUGGCCGGAUUUCGGAGAUCGAUCGUUGUCCAAGGAUUCGUAAGAAAGCCUUGUUUGCCGAGAUUGCGUCACCUCCGCACAUUUAACAUCCCGUCGCGCAAUUGUUUCAAUGUCCAUUGUGUCCACAGAGCUGUCAAAAGAUAUGAAGAUACCGAGGAAUAGUAUAAUCAAAGCGUGGGGUGAUCGUUUCGGACCUUUCUGGAGUGCCAUCCAGAAUGUGGGUUUAAUCGUACGUCUGCGCCAAAUAACACAUGGGAGCGGUAGCGCCAUUGCCCAGACGGUAUCUCUCCUGCAUGUGAAAAAUAAGAUAAAAAAGAGCUAAGACGGCCCCAUUGCGCUCUGAUUGGAAGGAGAGGAAGUUCAUGGCCUUGCUUGAGACAAUAGAGAUCGUCCCGGGAUCUAAAAACUUGAAAGACGUACAAUUGACGUCAGUGCGUGCGAAGUUUUCGAAGUCGAAGAUACUCUGGGAAUCCAUAUAACUUGGACGACUUUUCUCGGAUGAUAUUGCUGUUAUCGGGCCCUUCAUUCUCUAUAAUCAAUUUCGAGAAAUCUCCCAUCGGUCCACCAUGGCUCCAAUCUUCCACACGAUUCAAGCCCGUCAAACGUCAUCUGAUAACUGUCCUGAUAGCAUUUCGGGCGGGGGUAUUGCUGGCAUAGUCAUUGGCUCGAUCGCGGGCACAUUGCUUCUCCUCUGGCUCUGGAGAAUGUGCUCCCUACCCGGCGCACAGGGAGGCGGAGAACCCGAUUAUGGCUAUAGCCGUUAUAGUGGAGGAGGAACAGAGACUCGACACCGACAUCGACGUCGACGUAGUCCAACGUAUUAUGAGUAUGUGGAGAAGCCGGGUGUGAGGAGACCGGCGAAGGUCUACCUCAGCUGAGGGCAUGUGGAUAUAAGAUGGGAAAUGUUGAUGCCUUGAAGCUUUUGCUUUGCCCUUUCUUGGUUUGUCUUGGCUGUCAGGUGCUACGGAUGAAAUGUAUUGAACGAACGAUACGACGUCACGACUCAGGAUGAUACCGGAUACUAUGGAAGUACCACUGGAACAUGCAGGUACAAUCUCAAUGCAGUACCUCCAUUCGCCGGGCUUUAGGAGAAAUUAACCCUACGUUUUACUCCGAACCACGUCGUGCAGGUGUUACAUGCUACAAGGAUAAAUGUUUGGAUGAUGAGCAAACAGGUAAGGGAUGUUCAUGCGAACCUUACAUAUGAAUAUAAUCGCAUCGUUGGAAUGGUUGGAAGUCAUCUCAAAUUGUUUCAGAUGUAUGUAUGUAUGUAUCGUAUGUAUCCUGUAUGUAUG